AUGUCUGGAACAUUGUCCCCGUUUCUUGGGAAUCUCUCUUCCCUUGAAUCUCUCAUUCUGUCCGAUCUGAAGAACUUAACGGGCCCCAUCCCGUCUGAAUUAGGCAAGCUUACUAACUUGCGCGAAAUGUACCUUGACUUAAACAGUAUCGAAGGAUCAAUCCCGAGCACUAUUGAGAGCAUGAGUCAACUAGAAGCGCUAAAAUUGACAUCGCUAAAAUACUUGGAUUUCAGCAACAACAAUUUGAGCGGAAGCGUGCCUGGGUCCAUACAAAACCUAUCCAAUCUCACGUCAUUGAUUCUCACAAACAAUCGCCUCAGCGGAAAACUGUUUACCUCGGGAUCCGAGAUCGGGAUUGAAGGUUCGGCAGUGUCACUCAAUUCUACGUUCUGUAUGUCGGAGUUUGGCUGCCCGGUGGUACUGCUAACCGUCUCGGGUGGACAGAUAUCUGUAACAGGCGAUGACUGUGGAGGCUGGAAGACGCACUUGAUUGCUCUCGGGGCAAAUUUAGAUAUGUCUGGCUUCGGGAUAUGGACAAAGACGGUGCACCCAAAAACUUUUGGGUCAAGGCUUAGUGAGGACGGAAUAGAGUGGUUCUGGGAGAAGGUCAUACACUUGGAACGGAUCUCUGCCGCUUCCGUAAGUGAUUGCCAGGCCUUCCCAGAGGUCCUUGGCGGUCGCAUAUUGGGAGACCUCUGUCACGAGAUCUGCUUCGAUAUUGUUGAUGAUCCAAUUGAAGGUGCAAUGGUCCCUUUGUUGCCACUUCGGUUUGGUCUUGACGGUGACAUCGCCGAGAGAUUCGAUCUGGGAUGGCAUUGUAUACGAUCUGUUGCUGGUUUUGAGAAAUUCGGCGAAUUGCGCCGCAAGAUCAGUGGGAAUACUUAUGGUUCAAGGUCGAUGGGUCGGGAAAGAAGCAUCCCACCGUCCAUCGGAAACAUGGAAUCCCUCACUUACAUCGAGCUAUCCGACAACGAACUCUCCGGACCAAUCCCGAACUCUAUUGGCAACCUACGACGAGUUGAUUUCCUGAAUCUCGAAAACAACAAUCUUAGCGGCAACAUCCCCACAACCAUUGGCAACAUGAUCAGACUCGUAGACAUAUACCUCUCAAACAACAACUUAACAGGCAAAAUCCCACCAGCCCUAUCAAAACUCGAGAAUCUAUUAUACCUAGAGCUAUCUAGAAACAGGCUUUCCGGCCCGAUCCCACCCCAAUUCGCCAACUUGAGCGGCCCCGGAAAUCUAAUACUAUAUGGAAACGGGCUUUCCGGCCCAAUCCCACCCGAACUCGCCAACAUAAACGGCCUCGGAAAUAUAUUCCUAUCUAAUAACAGGCUCCGGCCCGAUCCCACCCCAACUCGUCUCGUGGAGUUUAAUGUUUCAUGGAAUCGGUUGAGUGGGAAGAUUCCGCCGCAUAAAUUCGAUUUUCCGGCUUCAGAUUUUGCUGGGAAUCCUGGUUUGUGUGGAGCGCCACUUGCUCCGUGUAACAACUAA